UGUAUGCGUCUAUCUUUCAUAAUAAAAUAACAUAAUAUAUUUGCAUAAAUAGUUAUAUAUUUUUAUACUAAAUGGAUAUUAUACAGAAGGUGGAUCAGGCUACAGUCACUGAGACACCGCAGGCUAAGCGCCGCAGCAAAGAAAAAUUGGCGAAAAUCAUUGAAGAUAUUGGCACAAGUAAGGAUGAUCCAGCUAGGGAUGGGAGAGCUAAAAAAGCCCCUAAAGUUCCGCUGAAACAAAAAUUGAUUGAGGUUUCCGAAGAGAACCAAAAUUUGAGCAAUUCCAUUACUGCGAAAAAUGCAGAAAUCUCCGAUUUAAAACGUUCAAUACAGUGUCUAAAUGAAGUGCUAAACUCAGUGCCCAUUGACGAGUUGCGUUGCAAUUCGUCUAUAGCAAGCUCGAAGUUAUUGGAGUUAAGUAAAAAGAAUCGCGUACUUCGUGCUGAGCUGGAAACUACUAAAAAUCAAGUUAGCAAAAAAGAUGUGCAAAUUAAAAAAUUGGAACGCGAACUAAAGCAUGCCGAAGAUAGGCUGCGCAAUGGAGUUGCCGAAACUCACAAGGACCCAUCAGAUGAGCUGCGCGCCAAAUUAAGUACUGUACAGCAGAAAUUAUUUGAAACGCGAAAUAAAAAUACCGAAUUACAAAAUCAGCUCAAGCUUGCACAAAAAUGUCUGCAACAGGAAAUCGGUGAGCAUUUUAAUUUGACUACACUGAACUCACAGGCACAGAACUUCAACUGGCGUGGCCGCGCACAACAAAUCUUGCAUCUACAGCAGAAAGUUCAUGAAUUAAAAGAGCGCCUGGACAUGGUAGAUAGGCAUACCAUUGAUGGUCGACCCAUUGCCUUUGGCAAUGAUGGCACAACCACAAAGAGUUCUGGUGAUCGUUCGCUAAGCCAUGAGGAAGCCAGGGAGACACUGAAUGCGAGUACCACCUCGUUUGAUCGCUACAACACAGUCGUACGAAAAACUGAAAUAUUGCAUCGCGCUAAAGUUGAAGGUCUCGAAAAAGAAAUUGCCACUCUAAAAGCACAACUGGAAGAGCAACGUGGUAAAGUCUUGGCGCUGAAGGUGCGUAACAAAACACUCAACGAAGAUGUGCUGAGGUUUAAGAUCAAGGCGAAUACGCUGGAGGUACAAACAGAUUACAAUGGCUUGAAUUUAACGAAUAUGAAUGAAAAGAUGAAUGUGCAACGUUACCACUACGAAAAUCGUUUGGAAGAGAUGACACGGCAAUUAAACGAUUUGAAGCGAAUACAUAAGGAGGGAGAGUUUCGAGAGGAGGAAAUUCGCUUGAAGCUGGAAAAUAUGGAAAACUUAAUACAAAACAAAGAUACACAUAUUGAUGAGUUGAAUCAGAACAUAGCGCAUUUGGAAACUGAUCUGAAAGCUUUAGCAGGCGAUUUUCUUUUUUCAUGUCGUGAGCUGCGCAAGGAAGAAUUCAUCACUAUACUCGAUUCAUUGGAAGCUGAAAAAAAUGAACUACUGAAACAUAAUAAAAUACUAGUUACGCGUAGUGAACAGGAUCGUGUCAAGAACGAAGCGCUUCAUGAUCAGGUGGCCAAACAGAAAGUGCGAAUUUCACGUUUGGAAUCGCGUAUCCGGGAGCUUGAGAAGGAAGUCGAAAUACAUUCAGAGCGCAAGAAACGCACGCAACGCAUUGCCGACUAUGUGAACAGUAUGAGUUCGGUAUCGUCGAUAGGCACCUUCGUUUUUGAGAAUACUUCGCUGAGUAACUUAUCGAAUACGGAGGGCGACGAUAUGACACCAGCACAAAUUUACCAAAUGAGACAUGAACUCGAAUAUGCCAAAGAGAAGCUAACAUACUUAACGGAGAAAGUGAUGCAUUUGCAGGAAGAAAAAGAAAACGAUGCACGCGCUUUUGCGGAUAUAAUAAGCAGUUCCAAAAGUGUUGUGUUGGAGACAAUAUUGGGCAAUCGGAGUAAUACUACGUUGUCAGUGCAGAUCAAUACUGAGGGAUCGGGACGGGCUUAGCGAGCAUUCAUAAACUUGAAAUAUGAAAUUUUUGUUUGGUGCUAGCAUUCAAAAAUAUUCGGAAUUGAGAUGUAUGGGCGUGAAUAUAUGGAUGAGAGUCGUAA